AUGGGAUUACUGACCCCGUUAGACCCAGCAAGAGAGCUGUGGGAAUGCGUACAAAUAGACUUCGUCGGACCGCUGCCCAAGUCAGAGAACCUAAACGGGAAAUGGGACAUGCUAUGCGUAAUCAUAGACCAAGCAACGUCCAUGGCACGAUUAGUACCAAUGAAACAAACGUAUAAGGCCCGAGACAUGGCAGAAGUAAUAUUUGACAAUAUCUAUAAAUUACACGGGAUACCACAAGCCAUAGUAUCAGAUUGGGACAAACUAUUCGACUCCCAAUUCUGGAGGGAAUUAUGUCGACUCACAAGAACCGAACUAAGAAUGAGCUCCGGAUACCAUCCGGAGACCAACGGCCUAACUGAACAAAGCCAUAAAACUUCGUUCCAGAUCAUCAGGCAGGCAAUAGAAGGAAAACAGAAUGAAUGGGUAAAGCACAUACCAAGCGUCGAGUACGCGAUGAACUUGGCAAGGUCUGAAGCCACGGGAUACAGCCCGUUCUUCCUGAACUACGGCCAAUACCCCACUGGUUCACGUUGGGACACAGAUAGCUUGUACCCAGGAGUACGGAAGUUCUUAGUCCGGCAAAGAGAAGCAUUAGCAGCCGCACACGACGCCAUAAUAGACACACAUAGGGGCAUACACCCCGUGUUCCACGCGUCGCUGCUGCGCAUUCACGUACCGAAUGAUGAUAACAGGUUCCCUGCAAGGGCGGGAAACCCAACAGUAUCCUUAACGGAUGCACCUAAAGAAUGGGCAGUACGAGCAAUACUGCAGCACGCAGGAAAAGGAAAAGAAACCCAAUAUGAAGUGCUGUGGGCAAACCAAAGCAGAACUUGGGAAGAUUAUCGCAACAUCAAGCAUUUAGUUGCGUUAGACGAAUACCUCAAACUGCAAGGGGUCGAUAGCGUCCUAAACUUACCAUGGACAGCUGAAUACGGAAUAGAGGAACAGGAGUUCGGAAAUGAGCUCAAGGAGAAUGAUAUAAAAACAACUGAAAGCAAGGUACAAGUCAACAGCAUUGCAUUCAAUAACAUACUAGACAAUAUCAUACACUGUCGCAAUAUGUCUUGUACCAAUACCUCCGUCAAACAACAAAGCGUUUAUUUGUUCACUGCUGGCAAGCUUGUCGAUUGCGGCGUAUAUUGCGCCAACCUAUUUUGUGUCAGCCAUGGAUCCCUGGAUACUGCGGGCAGCGAACCGCCAAAGUACCAGGAGUUUAGAUCAAUGCUACACACAAUUCGGGAACAGGGGAGUAACACAAUUACACCCUCAAACCCUGCAGUCAAGAUGCUUACAACGUUGAUGAACGAGCUAGCAAUAGCGUUAGGGCAAGCAAAGCAAGUCGCUCAACAGAAAGGGGUGCCGGCAAAUGAAACAACUCAGAGAUACCCAGUCCGUCCCCGGCACCAAGGGCAACCAAUACAACGCGCAUAUAUACAAGCGCGCCCACCUAUCAACGCUCCUAAGGGGCCAAAAGCCCACAGGAACCCCCUCAUCAAUAGAAUUGGGGCGCGCGUCAGCCCGUACAAAAGGCACAGGACGCGGGGAGGAGCUAGGAGGAGAGAAUGGAGAGAAAAGUGGAGGAAUGAGAAAGCAAAGGAACAAGGAAAGGAGAAUAGAGACACAAAAGGAGACGGAGAGGAGAAACAGACCAAUGCUUACAGAAAAAGCACUGAAGAAACUUCAGGUCCAAGUAGUGGACACGGUAAUAACAAGGUGGAUGGAGGGGUUACCGGCACCGUUCCCAACAUUCCCGAAAGGGAGAACUAUACUUGUCCCAUACAUGCCAACAAAACCAAAGAAGUCAUCAACAACAAAGACUGGGACUGGGACCGAUUCGCUAACUCAGAAGCCGAUUGA